AUGCUGAGCAGGCUGAUUACAUUAGGGGCGUGUUUGUUGCCCGCUUGGGGCGCACACGCUCUUGCAUCGUCGGCAGAUCUUCCAGUGAUAACAUUACCAUGGGGGAAAUGGCAGGCCGAGGUUGACAAGACGGACCCCCUGCUUUAUGUUUUCCGCAAUGUUCGGUUCGGUGCAGAGCCGCAGCGUUUCGGUCCGUCCGACUUCCCGACCUGGGCCAAUGACUCGAUACAGAGACCAGGGAGCAUCAGCUGUAUUUCCGUCAACAUCGAGGGAUUGUCAAAGCCUCCAGGAGGUCGCGUCCCUCUCAAGGAUCCGGAAAGCUUCGAGGUUCCGCAAGACGAGGACUGCCUCUUCCUCGACAUCUACGUUCCUGUGCGUGCCUUUGAGCCGAAUGCUAGGAAGCUAUCGGUUAUUGUUUGGAUAUAUGGCGGCGCUUUUGCCCUCGGUAGCAAGAAUGACGGUGAGAUCCUGUACACGGGACGACCCAUCAUCAAGGCCUCCAACUACAAUACCAUUUUUAUCACGGGCAACUACCGCACCGGCGCCUUUGGCUUUCUUGCCGGCGACUACAUGCAGAAGGCUGGGCUUCCUAACGCUGGCCUGUACGACCAAGCAUUGCUGUUCAAGUGGGUGAGCAAGUAUGUCGAGCAAGUCGGGGGCGACAAGGAGAAGGUCAGCGCCUGGGGAGAGUCUGCCGGAGCUGGCUCGAUCCUUCACCACCUCAUCAGACAGGAUGGUAAAAUAGACCCCGGCUUCCAGACCUACUAUGCCAUGAGCCCUGCUUAUGAAAUGUCGUGGGAUAACGCCCCUGAUGGCAGACUCGACACUUACUACCGAAUGUAUUCCAAGUUUGCCGACUGUGGCGACAAGUAUGAUAUCGACUGCCUGAGGAGAGCUGACCGGACCAAGCUGGUAAAGGCCAACCAGGAGCUCUUUGAUACCGUUCGGCAGACGGGCCUGUUUCCCGUUGGUCCGGCUGUGGAUGGUGAAUGGAUUCGAACGAUUCCUUCCAUACUGCUCUCUGAAGGCAAAUCCUGGCCCGGCAUCGAGUCUGGCAUCAUUUCACAUUGUUCAAAUGAGUCGGCUAACUUCAACCCCAAGGGCGUCAAUAACGAGGGCGACUUUGACAAGUUCCUCGAAACGUUCCUCCCGGGGAGUCCCCUGGCUCCCCAGCGACUCGAGAUCAAGGACUUCUACGACUGCCCCCGAACCCAUGGCGGCAACUUCUCCGCAUGUCUCGAGACGGUCAUCCGAGACGCAGUCUUCACCUGCAAUACACGAUACAUGUUCGAGGCGUAUCCCGACAAGUCAUACAUGAUGGAGUACGCCUUUGCGAGUCGGGAAUCUGGCUUCCACGGCGUCGACCUAAUUCCGCUCUUCACCAAGAACGUAGCCGAAGCAAAGGAGUUUCUCGAAAAGAUGAAUAUUGCCCCGUUCUGGGCUGGCAUCUACGCCGACGCUCUGCACAAAACCAUCUCCCCCAAGUUCACCAAGUACCUGGCCUCGUUUGCCGUCAGCGGCGACCCCAACGGCGCAGGAUUAAGGCCGCUGUGGCCGAUGGCCAGAGACACGGAGCAAGGCGUCUUGGACGAUGUCAUGCAAGUGAGGGAGAUUUUGGCUCUGCAAAAGUUUCGACUCGGCAAGGACGACCAGAAUAAAAAGGACAGCUGUGAUUUAUGGCUCAAGAUUGCCCACGAGGUUAGACACAAGCCAGAGGGUGCCCUUGGCCAGGAGGAGCUUUAA